AUGUCGUUUCCGUAUAAGAAAGUGCUUGUCAUAGGGGCCACUUCAGGUAUUGGCGAGGCCCUGGCCGACAAGCUCGUUAUAGAGGGCUCCUCUGUCAUCGCCACCGGUCGAAGAAAGGAGAACCUUGACAAGUUUGUGCAGCGGCAUGGACAAGGAAAAACCGAUACGGCAGUGUUCGACAUCACUCAGUUAGGGAGAAUUCCCGAGUUUGUAAGCAAGGUGACCACAGCUCAUGAUGACAUCGACUGUGUAAUCCUCAACUCGGGCAUUCAGCGGCGAACUGAUUGGAGCGAGCCCGAGACAAUCGACAUUGAGACUGUCGAUCUGGAGUUCAAAACCAAUUACCUCUCGUACAUUGCCCUGACAAAGGAGCUGAUUCCUUUCUUGAAGUCCAAAAGUCGAGAUACAGCCUUGAUUUACAUCUCGUCUGGGCUGGCUUUGGUGCCAUUGCCGCCUAGGUCCAACUACUGUGCGACCAAGGCUGCACUACACCAAUGGAUCAUGUCUCUGCGAACGUCGUUGCAACCUACCAAGAUCAAAGUCAUUGAAAUAUACCCUCCUGCUGUACAGACUGAGCUUCAUGAUGAAAAGCAUCAGCCCGACAUAAAGAAUGGCCGACAAAUGGGGAUGCCGCUGGAAGACUUCACCGCAGAGGCAUGGGACGGACUUGUGAAAGGACUGGAGGAUAUACCCGUUGGCAUCAUCAAGAACACCUAUGAGGUCUUCGAGAUCAAGCGGCGGGAAGUGUUCGGCCAGAUGCUACAGCGGUUAGGCAUGGGCGGGAAAUGA